AAAGGUGUGCGCCACCACCGCCCAGCAAGUUGCUUUAAACUUUUAAAUAAAUUUUUAAAUAGGCACUUUAACUAAUGACUACUAUAUGAAAGUUAGAGUAUUAAAACACUCUUUUGGUUUGAUUUUUCAAAACAGGGUUUCUCUGUGUAACAACUGUGGCUGUUCUGGAACUCACUUCGUAGACAAGGCUGGCCUCAAACUCACAAAGAUCCACCUGCUCCUGCUUCCCAAGUGCUGGGACUAAAGGCCUGUGUCACCACCACCUGGCCCUAAAGUGCUCUAUAAAAGGAUUCCCUUGGCUACAUUCUCAGACCUCUAGGGGAAGAUUAGAGUUCCUUUCACUUGUCAUGCCAUUCUAUUUCUCUGUAAGGGGACCCUUGAAAUGGUUCACUGUUCUAGGUAGUGGAGAUUUUAGUUGAAGAACUAAAAGUAUUCUAAGGUCAGUUGACUAGGGCAGGUACUAAGUUCUUGGUUCUCAGGCACACAAAGUUUAUGAGGAUUUUGUGUGAUAGUUGUGCGAUAGUAGAAAGGCCUUACACCUGCUCUACCUGUUGCAGUGGACACUAACACAAGUGCUGUUGAAUAACUGAAAUGUUACCAGAGUGACUACAGAGUUUUGAAUUUAAGUGUGAAUGGUCACAUGGCUCAGUGCUGUUAUAUUGGCCAGGACUUUGGAAUUAUGGUGUGCAAGUUUUUCUGCUGUGUAGUCUCCGUAGACUUUUUGAAAUUCAUGUAUACUCUAAACAUUUUUAGACAGUAAAAAUUUAGAUCAGGAGCUGGAGAAAUGGCUCAGCAAUUAAUUAGGAACAUUUGUUUCUAUUAACAAAAGACCUUGGUUUAGUUCCCAGCAACCUCAUGGUAGCUCACAGCUAUUCAUAGCUCCAGUUCCAGGCUAUUUGAUACCCUCUUCUAACCUCCAUGGGCACUGGAUAAGAAUAUGGUUUACAUAGAUACAUAUGGGUAGCAUUCAUACACAUAAGAUAAGAUGAAAUAAAUCUAAAAACAUUUAAAAUUUUUAAAGGAAAUUAUUAGAAACUUAAAAUACUAAGCCUGUUUGGGUUGAAUAAGACGAAGAUGACUGAAAUUUAUGAAAAAUGUGCUCUGAAACUGAAGAAUCCUUGUAAUAUUCUUAUUGGUAGAUAUAUUGAGGAAGAAUAUUCUAGUUACAUUUGAAAGAAGCAGUGUCUUAAACCUAUUGUCACUUUGGUCAUUCCAAAUUCAGAGACCAAAUUUUAUUCCUAAAAAUAAACAAUGGUUUGACACUAAUCCCUAAGGUUUUUAGGUCCCUGAUCGAUCAGCAGAGGAAAGCUCUGAGUAGCUUUUGGAUAUCUUUCUUGCCUGAUAACAGUGGGACUCGAUUCUCGAGAGCCAGUGUUUCUUUAAGUAAUAAUGUCUGAAAUAAAGACCUUAAGUUUUCAUUAUUUACAGUAAGUGUUUGAGAAGUAUAGUGGUGUGCCUUUACCUUAAAGGAAUUAUACACUGAAGAACCAGUUACUGGGCAGUAAAGUGUGUACAGCUGUGUUGGCAAUGAUACUAAGCUCGUGUGGUGCUUAAUUGGGCAGAAGGCAGCUGAUGAGUUUCAUGGUGCUCAGGAGCAGAGUAACCUGGAUUCUUCUAAACAGUGGAAUUGUCAUAGUUCCAUCCUCCCUCCUCCCAGCAGGGUUUCUCUGUGUAACAGCAACAACCUUAUCUGUCCUUGAACCUCACUUUUCGACCAGGCUGGCCUUAAACUCAGAGAUCUAACUCCCUCUGCCUGCUGAGUGCUAGGAUUAAAGGUGUGUGACGCCACUGCCUGGCUAUGUUAGAAAAUUUUUAAGUGAUUAUUUAAAAAGCAGUGCCUUUUAAUUAAAGAACAAUUUUCUGUGUUAGUACAUGGCCUGUGAUUUAGGAUCUGUGAAUGAUUGCUUCAUAGUGUUGUAAAGAAGCAUCUGAAAGAGUAAACUGGUAAUUUCAUGAGGGCAUUUGAGUGAAUGCACCAAUUCUAGGAAACAUUUUUGAUGAUUAGCGUAAUUUUCUAGUAUUGAACUGUGUAAAUAUCUAUGAUUGCAUUUCAUAAAAUUGAUUUUAAGGAAACCUAGAGUUAUACAUCUUUAUUUGACUACAACCCACAAAGCGAAUAUAUUUUCUUUUGGGGACUAGUACUCACAUUACUAUCACAUGUACAUACAUAUAAUAAAAAUAAGUUUUACAAAAUAAAACUUACACUAUAUAGUUUACACUAUAUAGUGCUACAUUGAGCAUAUACCACAGACUGUUCUAAGUGCCUUACAAACAUUAACUUGCUGACACCAUGUGCACUUUCCUCCGAUAGGUUCUGUCCUAUUGGAACAUAGGCAGACCAGCUUCAGAGACUCUUUAAUAACUAUGAAUAUGGAAACAUCUAACAGAGGCGGAACCUUCUCCUGCUAUGCCCUCUUUGUUGUCCCCUGGUGUCACACUGCUUUUCUUUUUCCCCAGUUUUUGCCAAUACUGCUUCUCCUGGUAACCCAACCUGAGGCACUGCUCAACCAUCCUAUCUGUAGCACUGUGCUAGGUCUCCAGACAUUUUACACCUACAACUGGUAUGAGGAAAAUGAGAGGAAGGAGGAUACAGGCAUCUCAGGGUCAUGUUGUCCCCAUGGAGUAUACUCUGGAGAAGGCAGAAUAGAAGAGCUGGAGGGACAGGGCAAGGGAAGACAGCUUAGAAUUCAUCAAAGGGAUGAGCCCUUUCCUCCAUGUUCCAUACCUCCAACCUUUACAUUUGGGGAUCUGCCUGACUUCCUGUCUGUUUGUGCUUCUCAUUAACCAGCAUGUUACAUUAGCAACUCUGUGGCUGUGCUUCUUUGCUCUCUUGCACAUUGAUAGAACAGCCUUUGCCUGGGAAAGUCUGCAGCAGCAGGGACCCAUUUGAGGGAUCAUGGAGUAGCCCAGAGAUACUUUGAGGUCUCCCCGAUAAAGGUUGCUAUACCCUGGCACUGGCCCAGGACACCACCUGUUACUCUGUGUACACAGGCUCAGCCUGGCCUUCUUCAUAUGCCCGUUGCUUGCAUCCAUUCUUUUAACUUAAGGUACCCCUGUUCAACUGUCUUACUAGCCACCCUCUUGAAGCACUAGGACCUCCCCUCCCUUCCCCUGUCUACCCCUUCUUGUUCUGUCUUGGGCAAGGAGGCAAGGUUUUGCUUUGUAGCUCAGACUGGCUAGAACUCGCCUCUCGUCCCAUCCUACAGUUUUAUACAAAAGGACUGAGCUGAGCUAUAAUCCCAGCACUUGGGAAUAGAGUUGAGAUGAUCACCCUGGGCUAUAAGACACAAGACCCUGUAUCACCACCACCUUGCUCUCCCCCCACCCCCUCAAAAAUAGACCUGGAAGAUACAGAGGUGGGACCAACAUUUUUUUUUAAUGUGCAGUAGUGUUUUGCCAUGGGAAGUUUUGGGUCCCCUGAAACUGGAGUUACAGACAGUUGUGAGCUGCCAUAUGGGUGCUGGGAGUUGAACUCAGGUCCUGGAAGAACAUUCAGUGUUCCUUAAGUACUGAGCUAUCUCUUCUGCCCCUGAGACCAACAUUUUCCAUUUUGCUCUUUUUGAAAAUUUUAUUACAUUUAGUGUGUGUGUGUGUGUGUGUGUGUGUGUGUGUGUGUGUGUUCUUGGGUGUGCAAGGGCCAUGACACAUGUGCAAGUCAGCACACAGCAGUGUCUGGGAGUUGGUCAUCUCCUUUUAUCAGUGUGAAUCCCAGAGAUUGAGCUCAGGUCAGACAGGCCUGGUGGCAAGCCCCCUCACACACUCAGCCAUCUUGAUAGCCUUGUGCUCUUGCUAAAAGUUUUUAUUUAUAUUUAAAAUUGUUUAUUUUGUAUGUUUGGGCAUUUUGCCUGCAUAUAUAUGUAUAUGUAUUCUGUUCAUCACAUGUGUGCAGGUGCCUAUGGUUUCAGGGAUCAAACUUAGAUCAGCAAACAAGUGUUUUUACCUGCCUGCUGAUCCAUUAUUUGUCCACACUGUGCUUGCUCUUCUAGAGUUAUUACAACAUAGUAUGAAGUCCCAGAUUCUCCAAUGGAACACUUGAUGGAGUGAAGGGCCAAGGGAAGUAGUAGUAAGAAGAAAGGAGACUGGUGACAAACUGGAGGUCAGGUGAUAUACAGGAAAUGGGCUUUUAUCCCCAUUUUAUAGCAGUCACUGGCAGUCAUAUCAACAGAAAGGGUAAGAGUGGAGGCAUGGAGUUGAUUUUGAAGUUAUCCUUUCAGUGAGUUAGGCAAAUGGUAAGAGCAGUGGCAGUGGAAGCUUGGGAGAAGAGAACAGAUUUCAUACCUGGCACAGUUGUUGAGGGGUUUGUUGUUCUAGAACUGCCUGUCUACUUCUGCCAGUUCUUUGCUAUGGUCACAGAUGACCUUCAUGGGACUUCAUGAAGUUCAUGAACUUCAUGUCUAAGUUUUAGGCCUCAUUACUCACAACCCAGUGAGAUAGAAAUAGAACACCAUGUUUGGACAGUCCUGCCCUAGAAGAUACAUUCAUUCCCCCCCCCCCCACAGGGUUUCUCUGUGGCUUUGGAGCCUGUCCUGAAACUCACUCUGUAGACCAGGCUGGCCUCAAAUUCACAGAGAUCCUCCUGUGGCUGGCUGCCCUCCGAGUGCUGGGACUAAAGGUUUGCAUCACCACCGCCUGGAGGAAGAUACUUUCUUCUAGCCUCCAGUCUGUCCAGUAUGGACAGAUGUGGACAGAAGAUUGAUUAUCCUACUUUUUUUUUUUUUUUAAACCAUAGGGUAAGAGCUAAAUUCACAUCUAAGAUUUCAGUUUAAAAACAUUUAAACUAUUUUGAGGCAAGAUAGUUCUGACAGGCCUAGUGCUCACUAGGUGGAUUAGGUCAAACUUGAAGUCUCAACAAUUCUCCUGUAUCUAUCUACCUCUGGGGUGCUCAGAUUAUAAGAGGGUGUCACCAGACUGGUUUAGAACAGCAGUUCUCAACCUGUAGGUCAUGAACCCCUUUUCACAGAGGUUACAUAUCAGAUAUCCUGCAUAUCAGGAUAUUUGUAUUACAAUUCAUAAUAGUAGCAAAAUUACAGUUAUGAAGUAGCAAUGAAAAUAAUUUUAUGGUUGGGGUCACCACAACAUGAGGAACUGUAUUAAAGGGUCACAGCAUUAGAAAGAUUGAGAACCACUGCAUUAGCUGUGUUUUACCCUUGUAGGAAAGGCACACACACCCCACCCCCGCUGCUGUGAAUUCCGUGUUUAGAAAAUGAAAUAAAAUGGAAAGGAGUUUCAGAAAUAACUAACAAGUACUAUUAGUGAAUGCAUUAGUUUUAUUUGUUAUUUUUGAGGCAGGAUCUCGCUAUGUAGCUCUAGCUGUCUUGGGACUCACUUCCUAGACUAGGCUGGUCUCAAAUUUAGAGAUUCGCUUGGUUCUGUUUCCAGAGUGCUGGGAUUAGAGACAUGCACCACCAAACCUGGAAGUGCUUUAGAUUUUAAACAGUUUUUAGGGUCACAGGAAUAAGGACAUACUCCUUAAUUUUAUCACUGUAGGAUGACUUUAUAUACCAUGCUCUAUCUAUUCUGCCUACUUCUUGUCUUUGCAGAAACUUAUAUAUGGUUUCUUGGUUAAAAUGGUUUCUUAAUGAGCCAGUGCCUCUUAUGCAUCAUAUGCCACAGUUAUCUGGAGUUUGUAAUCUGUGCUGAACCUUCCCACUAUUCUUAAUACUAGGUGAAAGAUAUCUGCACUUGGAAAAAGACGUAUUGAAAUCAUUGAAAUUUGUAGUUUAGAGAGUCCUUGAGAACCUGUGGAAAUACUUCGUUUUUCUUGGCACUGAGUGUUACCUUUUCACUUAGGAUGUGGGCCUUAGUGAAAUAAUAUGUCUGUAUCUUUUUCUCAGAUAUUCUAGGAAUAGCAGUCACCAUUUCAGUUUUCUGUAUGUGUUCUUAGCUCUGUUAAUGAAUAUAAUAUUUUGAGCUAGCAAAAACUGAUUAAGGAUAAUUGAUAGAGUAGAUAGGAAGUUGUUUACUUCUGUGUUUUCUAGUUGUAGUUCCUCAGUCUUGUGAGACUCCUUGAUUGUAAUAGCUCAAACUUCUGAAAUUCACAGUACUUUUUCUUUAGAUUACUUCAUUUAUUCAAACAAGCCAAUUAUGUUUGUAAGUGAUAUUAAUAAAACCAAAAUAAAAGUUCAUAUCAGUAAAAAGCUGCUUUUUAUUAUUUAUUUAAUUUAUAAGUAUUUUUUUCUCCUUGGAAAGAUUGGGUUGUGAUUUACAAAGAAGAAAGUGUUAGUCCUGGUCAACCUUGUAUGUGGUAUCUGAAUGCCUAACAAACAAUCUUAAAGAAUUUUUAUUUACUCACCCACCAAAGAUUUAUGGAGCCAUUUUUAUAUGCCAGGUUUUGAAGACACUGGGAAUAUAUCAAUGAACAAAAAGAAAAAGAUAAAUUUUUUUUUUUUUUUAAAUACAGUAUCUCUAGCUCAAGCUGCCCUCACUAUGUAUGUAACUCACUAUGUAACUGAUGGUAGAACUUCUGGUUGGCCCAUCUGCAUCUCUUAAAUUCUGAGAUUACAAGUCUGUCACCACAUCUGGUUACAAAACUGAUUUUCAAAAACAAACCACAGAUCCUAUAUUGUAAUAGAAAAUGAUGAUAAUUUUGUUCUUGCAGUGAUGGGGAUUGAGCCUAAAGCCUUGCAUAUGCUAGGUAGGCACUCUAUCAUGGUCCCACGUACUUUAGUCCUGAGAAAAUAGGUAUUUUAAAACGGCUAAUUCAAACCAAAUGGUUUACUCCUGUAAUUCCACUACCUGACAGUAGGAGGCAGAAGAGUUUGAGCCCAGCUUGGCUACACAGUGGAGCCUUAUUUCAAAAAAAAACAAGUAAGAACAAUCAAUACAGGACAGAAGCUCCUCAGAUGUGAUAUUUCUGUUAGUGGCUUCAGUUUGAACACCAUACCUUGCACUUUUACAUAAAGAAUAGGUCAGUUGGCUUUUGUUUUUUUGAGAAUGGUUUUCAUGCUUUUUAAUUCUUUGCAUUGUAUGCAUCCAGGUGACACUGAGAUUUGCCUCACUGAGCAGCCAAGUGCUGUGUUAUUGUUCUGCCAGUGACUAGCUCAGAGCACCCACCUCCUCUUGAUGCACGUGCUAUGUAUGCAGUGUCCAGUCUUGAGCCAAAACAGGCUGUCAACUCCUUAAAGGAGCCUGAAUUACAGCAGAAGAAACAUCUACAAGCUACAAUUACUUUUUGAUUAUAAAAACAGCUGGUUCGAUGCCCAGACCUGAAUGCUGUGCUCCAGCUGUGGCCUCACCGGUGCUGAAUAGAGAGGAAGAGCCACCUUCAUAGCUUACAUGAGCUGGAGUCAGAUGGCAGCACUAUGGAGGACUAUUCACAGGAGGACUGGGGAAACCACAGUCAGGAUCUCCAUGGCUAUCCAACAGAUCAGGAAUUGGAUGAAAUGCCAGUUUCAAAGAGAACAUUAAAAAUAAAACAAGAAUCUUCUGAGGAAGCACAGAAACGAGACACCAUGCAGAAUAUUGUACAGAUUUUGGAGUCAGUGCAGUUGAAAUGGGAACUGUUUCAGAGCUGGACAGACUUUUCAAGGCUCCAUCUUUCCAAUAAGUUGGCCAUUUUUGGAAUUGGCUAUAACACCCGCUGGAAAGAGGACAUCCGUUACCACUAUGCCGAGAUCAGCUCACAGGUGCCCCUUGGCAAGCGUCUUCGGGAGUACUUCAACUCCGAGAAGCCCGAGGGACGGAUAAUUAUGACCCGAGUGCAAAAAAUGAACUGGAAGAACGUUUACUACAAAUUUUUAGAGAUCACCAUCAGUGAAGCUAGGUGCUUAGAGCUGCACAUGGAAAUUGACUGGAUACCCAUUGCCCACUCUAAGCCAACCGGUGGGAAUGUUGUUCAGUAUUUACUGCCAGGAGGGAUUCCGAAAAGUCCAGGUCUUUAUGCCAUUGGCUAUGAAGAAUGCAUUGAGAGGCCACUUUCACCAGAUGUGGAGCGCCAGGCCCUGGACCCAGGAAAAGAGGGCAGGGUUGGCCUGGAAACCCUCUCAGCACAAGCCUCAUUACAGGUAGAAGUAGAACCCACCCGGAUCAUCUACUGCUACCUUGGUAUUGCUGAGGUCAGGACUCUGCAGCAGUGUUUGUUUUUACAUUUCCAAGCAAAUACCAAAACCUUCAGUAAAGAUUGGGUUGGCAUUAAUGGGUUUUUGUCUCAGAACUGUAUUGUGGAUCCUGGAGUUUCCCCUAAAUCCAUCUAUAUUAAAUUUGUAGAAGUAGAGAGGGAUUUUCUUUCCGCUGGCUCAUUAGUUGAGUGCCUGGAAAAAGCCAUCGGAUACCCCUUAAAAUUUAACAACUGAGUGUCAUCCUUCAUAAGGAUUUGGGCGUGUGCAUUCUUUCCCCUAGUUCCGUUACCCAGACUACCCCACAUCCAGAUGCUGCCAUCAGACUCUUCAUGGGAACUAUUUUCCACGAUGAGACCAGUGCAACCUCUAAAGAAUCAUAGUAGACUCUGGGCAAAAAAAAGCAGACCUCACCUGAUAUGCUCAUUUUGAGCAAGCAGGUCUUGCAUGGUGGGUCAGUUCUUUUUUAAAAAAAGGUAACAUCGAUUUUUAAAUGGAUUUUAGAGCCCUAAUAUAAACAAAUGUAGGUACAUUCCAUAUUGGACAAAACUUAUACUUUGAGUUUCAUAUGAAAUUGAAAAUUGUAUUUUUUUCACGUUUCAUUUUUACACAUCUCUAUAAGUAUUACUUACAACCUUGAAUAAAUAAGCAAUAGAUAAUGGCAAGUAAAUCUUGAGUCACAGUAAAUAAGGCUGUUUUUCAAUAUUACCUUUAGCUACUAUUGUAUACAAUUUAGAGUUUCAUUUUUUCACCAACCAAGUGUUUUGCUAUUUCCAAUCAGUGUUGCCUGCAAAGACUUUUGUUUAUGUGAUGUACCAACUUUUAUGGUUGUGUUGCCAUUUAAAUUAAAAAAAAAAAUUAAAGGGAUUCCUGACCUUU